GCAGAGCCUAUCGCCGGGAGCGCGGAGCGCGGAUAAAUGUAGCGCCGCGGCGCGGGCCGGUAGCUCUCCGACGGGCCGGAGCGCGGCGGAGCCAUGCAGUACCCGCACCCUGGGCAGGCAGCGGCGGGCGCCGUGGGGGUGCCGCUGUACGCGCCCACGCCGCUCCUGCAGCCCGCGCACCCGACGCCGUUCUACAUCGAGGACAUCCUGGGCCGCGGGCCCGCCGCGCCCACUCCCACUCCCACGCUGCCGUCCCCCAACUCCUCCUUCACCAGCCUCGUGUCCUCCUACCGGACCCCGGUGUACGAGCCCACGCCGAUCCACCCCGCCUUCUCGCACCACUCCGCCGCCGCGCUGGCCGCCGCCUACGGACCCGGCGGUUUUGGGGGCCCUCUGUACCCCUUUCCGCGGACGGUGAACGACUACACGCACGCCCUGCUCCGCCACGACCCCCUGGGCAAACCGCUGCUCUGGAACCCUUUCUUGCAGAGGCCUCUGCAUAAAAGGAAAGGAGGCCAGGUGAGGUUCUCCAACGAUCAGACUAUCGAGCUAGAGAAGAAGUUUGAGACCCAGAAAUACCUCUCCCCACCUGAGAGGAAGCGCCUGGCCAAGAUGUUGCAGCUUAGCGAGAGACAGGUCAAAACCUGGUUUCAGAAUCGACGCGCUAAAUGGCGAAGACUAAAACAGGAGAACCCUCAAAGCAACAAAAAAGAAGAACUGGAAAGUUUGGACGAUCCCUGUGACCAGAGGCAAGACUUACCCAGUGAACAGAAUAAUAAAGGUGCUCUGGAUAGUUCUCAGUGUUCGCCUUCCCCUGCCUCCCAGGAGGACCUUGAAUCAGAGAUUUCGGAGGAUUCUGAUCAAGAAGUGGACAUUGAGGGUGACAAAGGCUAUUUUAAUGCUGGAUGAUGAUCACUGACAUUGGCACAUUUGGAAAACCGGACCUGGGAAAUAUUCUCAACAGAAAAAUCUCAUAGACAACUGGAAAACUAUAUGAAAAAGGGAGUCAAUUUUCAGGUGUUCUGGAAACCUAAAGUAUUUGGUGUACUGGCUAACUAACAAACACAUUGAAACCUUAAUUUUGAAGUAAAGAAUAGUUUAUAUAUUGAUUUUAGAUUGUACAAUAAGGGGACCUUUCACUGAUUAAAUUUACCCCCUUUCUAAAGAAGUAAAAGUUUUUUUCUAUUUAUAAAAAGUAAUUUUGAACUUUUUUGGUUAAAUUUUUAAAUUAUAACUUUAAAGAACUUUGUAGGAUCUUCUUGAAUACCUUUUCUACAAUCUUCAUCCCACUUAGUCAAAAACCAAAAGGUACCCCAAAUCCAGAGGUAUGCCUUGGAUGGGGGGCACACAUUUCUGUGAGCCUUGGAAUAUUUUAAAAGGAAACAUUCUUUAGUUUUGUAUUACGUUUUUAUACUGCUGCCUUAAGUCCAUAAAGCAGCUCAGAGCUAGUCUCCAGGAUGGUUGUGUGCCUUUUCUCAGAGAUACAGCCGAUAAUCCUAAAUGCUUGUUUUGUGCUAUCACUUACUACCUUACCUGUUUGACUAAGGUGUUAAGGAUAGUACUGCCCAGUUCAAGCAGACAAACUGACUCAGUAACUAAAAUUAAGCACAGAUGAACAGGGAAAUAGCUUGUAGAUACUGUGUUUUAUACCAAACUGUAUAUAUAUAUAUAAUGUGUAUAUAUAUAAUUGUUUACUGUAAAAAACAUAGCCAAAAUGGUGUUUUGUUCUGUUUUUUUUUUAAAUGAAUAACGUGUCUAUAAAAUAAAUGUGUCGGUGGACUGAC